CCGGGUUACAGUUUUCCACUUCAAUCGAGCUUACCCGACGGACACCAACUUUCAGCCGUUGAGCUAGUCUAGUCAAGCGUCGAUCACAUUCGCGACUUCUUCCAAACAGCACCACCACACCCAACACCAACCCUCCAACCCUCACCACCUCUUCUUUCCACCCCACCACCAACAAAGAGCCUUUGCAAAGCACACCGAUCUAUCCACCCAAGGCCUCGUCUUUUUCUUUCAGCUGUACUCUAGAGCCGGAGGGAGAGUGAAGGUUCUGGACUUUGUGUACUAAAGAAACUCCCACACGUUCCCAUUGCAUCACGUUCCUCUCUUCAAGUGCGUUGCUGUCCCGUGUUUUGUUGCUCUCCCCUCUUCAUACUACAUCAAUUAUGCCACCGAAUCCCUCCUCCGACGCCCGUACAGCCGGCAAGAUUGUCUUCGUUGGCAACAUACCCUAUGGUCUUACUGAAGAGCAAAUCUCCGAGAUCUUCGGCAGCGCCGGCCGGGUUCUCACCUUCCGUCUCGUCUACGAUCGUGAAACCGGUCGUCCCAAAGGCUUCGGCUUCGCCGAAUACAGCGACGCGGAGACCGCCGCAUCCGCCGUCCGCAAUCUCGACAACUACGAGAUAAUGGGCCGCAAGCUGCGCGUCGAUUUCUCUCACGAAGGAAACGCCCCCGACGACGUCGAUACCUCGGCAUACAGCCAGCAACCUCCGCCCCCACCCGCACCGAUCAUGCCGCCGCUUCCUCCGGGCGCAGACGUUCCUGCGGGGAUUACGGCUCCGGAUACAAUCUCGCAGACGCUAAAGCAGCUUCCCGUUCCGCAGCUUCUGGAGAUCUUGGGACAGAUGAAGACUUUGGUUCAGCAGGACCCUCUUAAGGCGACGGAACUCCUCCGCCAGGCGCCACAGCUUAGCUAUGCUAUCUUCCAGGCACUGCUGCUGAUGAACCUCGUCGAUACUGCCGUGUUGACGCAAGUUAUCGAGAGUGCAGCUACUGGCCCCCCCGCUCCCGUUACUGCGUCGCCGGCUCCCACUCCGGUUCCCCCGCCUGCGCCAGUCCAGGCUCCGUACUAUGCCGCACCAACUCCUCCGCAGCCGCCGCAGCCUCCUCAGCAGCAGCAGCAACAGGCACAGGAUCCCCAGAGAGCCCAGCUCCUCCAGAGCGUCAUGCAUCUCACUCCCGAGCAGAUCGCCGCGUUUCCGCCGGAACAGCAACAGCAGAUUAUGUAUCUCAAACAGUCCCUCAUGGCCGCUGGAGGUGCCAUGUGAUUUGCCGGAUUACUUUGAUGUUUGUAACACUAUAAUUCCAAACUUGCGAUGUGUUUUACCUUCUAGCUAGAGACUGUGUGUUUGUCCGUUUGUUUGGUCCUUGUUCUCUGGAGUUGUCGGAUCCGUCACUUUUUUCAUUUGCCUUUUUUCUUUUCUUUCUUUCGGUAUGGGUACAAUCGGGUUGAGCAAAGUACCGUGUGGCUGUGUGUGGCGACUGUACUUUUCCGUAACACAUUGUUCGACGAGAAUGAGAUAAUUGU